AUGGCUCCCACAUACCUGGAGACAAUCCUGCUUCUCUGCUGCCUUGUGACCAUGUUCAGUUCAACCUCAGCUGCAUACGGUCCUAGGAGACUUUACUGUUGUGUGGAGUACCAGGAGAAGCCUGUACCUUACCAGCAGAUAAAAGGCUACCAACUACAGAGUUCCACGGAGGUGUGCAACAUCGAUGCUAUCAUCUUCUACACCGUGAAGAACAAAAAGGUGUGCGCAACAGUUAAGGACGAAUGGGUGAGGAAGGCUCUGGCUCUUCUCAGCUCCAAACUGAAGAAGAUGUCGAGCAGCAACACUGUGACGGGCAACCCCCACACCGCCCCGAUCUGAAAGGAACAUUCAACCACAGCAACGCAACAUUCUC